AUGGCCGAUAUCGAUGUCAAGCUCGCUUCCUGGAAGUUGGUCGAGGUUGGCCGCCUCGUCCUGAUCCGCCGUGGCCCCUACGCUGGCAAGCUCGCUGUCAUCGUUGAGAUUGUCGACCACCGACGUGUCCUGGUCGACGGUCCCUCCACUGAGGAGCAGAAGAUCGUCCCCCGUCACGUUCUUGCUCUUGCCCACGCCACCCUCACUCCCUUCACCAUCCCCCAGCUUCCCCGUGCUGCCGGUACUGGUCCCGUCAAGAAGCUUUGGGCCAAGAACGAGAUCGAUGGCAAGUGGGCCAAGUCCGGUUUCGCCCAGAAGACCGACAAGGCUGAGCGACGGAAGAACCUGACCGACUUCGAGCGCUUCAAGGUCCUGCGUCUCCGCAAGCAGGCCCGCUUCGAGGUCCAGAAGUCCUAUGCCAAGGUCCGCGCUGCCACCAAGGCAUAA